CCCGCUAGAGCCGUUCGUCACCACUUCGAUCACAUACGCAGUCACACCGAAAGUGUUCCCGCCCCGGCAUCUAUCGAGUGAAUCAAUUCCCACGCAGCUGGGCUUCUACCUGAUUUGCCACUUCACUCCCAAUCGGCCCACACAGAGCGGCUUAUCGGGAAACGAUGUCUGACAACCCGACAUCGCCAACUGCCUUCCGCGUGGAACGGCUAGCCAACCCACAUUCUGCUCCGGCCUCGUCCCACAGUAUGGACCUAUCUACGAUGUCAGCCGUGAACCCAUCCCGGGAGCAGCCUUUCAAGAAACCCCUAGAUAUCAGCAACCUGAUGUCUCCUCCCGAGCCUCCCAGAUUCGAUUCGUUCUCGCACAAUCAAAAUAACUCCAAGCCGAUGGGCAAGGUCUCCAGCGUUCGACGCACGGGCCCGAUCCCGCCGCUAUCGCCCCCCAUCUCGCCUGCCACCAAGACCGACGAUCAGCCCGUCAGUGUCGUCUCCAUGCCUAACAUUCCUGUGAAGGACCCCAUCCUAUAUCCCGGGCGGGACACGACAGGCUCGCCCCAACAGCAGCCACUGUUUGUCCAGGACGAUCCUGUCGACACACGCCGAAUCGUGGAUGAGCACACCGUCUCUCGGCCGGCGGAUCUCUUCCGCAAGGCGACCCCUCCUCGGCCGGAGGACUACGCGUUGAUAUUGUAUUUCAGCUCCCGGGUGAUGGAGAUGUACCGGGCGGACCCGCAAUCCUACCUGGAACGAGAGCGUGCAUUCCUGCUGGCAGACAGACAGGCCGGUUUGCGAAACGGUCGGCCCAAACUUCAGCCAAUCCUCCCCGCCAAGCCGACACAGGUUCGAAAGGAAACGCAGCGUGCGAAGAACGCGAAGCCGUGCAAGGUGACCAAGGCAACGCAGUCUCACACCACGGCCGCCCGUCCCAUCCGUUCCUAUCCUCCCACAGGCCACGGACAGCAGGCGACUCACCGUCUACCCAGCGCAACGCCCGAUCCUUCGCCACGCCGCGCAGUUGCUCCGAAUCGGGAAGAUAAAGACUUUAACUCGGUGGAAGACUUCUGCCCCCCGAAAGAGGCGCUCCCGGACCGGCCCAACAGUCUCAAGGUGGACUGGAAGGGGACUCCGAUCGACUUGACCAACGACCCGCACCGCGAAAAAUUGCAUCCCGAGGAACUCUCCCUGGCCGCCAACCUCCGACUCGACUGCGCCACCUACCUUACUAGCAAGAAGAGAAUCUUCGUUCGACGUCUCGAGUGCCUCCGCAUGGGCAAGGAAUUCCGCAAGACGGACGCGCAACAGGCUUGCAAGAUCGACGUCAACAAGGCGUCGAAAUUGUGGAUGGCCUUUGACAAGGUCGGCUGGCUCGAUAAGGCCUGGAUGGCUCCUUACCUGUAGUUAGGGAGUCAGGAUUGCAUAACAUUUAUGGUCCGUCGAGCAUAGAUCGUGGCGUCUAGCGAAUGCCUUCCCCUCUCACCACAUCCCCCCCCGGAGUGCCGCCGAUUAGAGUUAUCGCUCGACUCAAGCCUGCGACUUUUGAGCCAAGCACGGAUUUGGAUUUCUCU